UGGAAGUUUUGCCGUCCUGUCACCCUCAGGCAAAGGAAAGAUUUAGGAAGUCGCCAGAGGAUAUUUUUUUGCAGGAGCGGUCACUCUCUAAAUCCAGGCAAGGAAGGGGAGGAGUCUGAGCCGGGUCCCGCCUCUUCUCCAGUAAAGUCCUCCCGCUCCAGCUUUGGAGGCUGGAGUUCCCAGGGCUGGGAGCAGUUGCACGCCCCCGGCUUUCCCCAUGGCUUCGGUGACCAGAGCCGUGUUUGGAGACCUGCCCUCAGGGGCAGGGACAGUGGAGAAGUUCCAGCUGCAGUCAGACCUGCUGAAAGUGGACAUCAUCUCCUGGGGCUGCACCAUUACGGCCCUGGAGGUCAAAGACAGGCAGGGCAAGGCGUCAGAUGUGGUGCUCGGCUUUGCAGAGUUGGAAGGCUACCUCCAAAAGCAGCCCUACUUUGGAGCCGUGGUUGGCAGGGUGGCCAACCGAAUUGCCAAAGGAACAUUCACGUUGGACGGGAAGGAGUAUAAGCUGGCCAUCAACAAUGGGCCCAACAGUCUGCAUGGAGGAGUCAGAGGGUUUGACAAGGUCCUCUGGACCCCUCGGAUGCUGUCAAAUGGCGUCCAGUUCUCAAGAGUCAGUCCAGAUGGUGAGGAAGGUUACCCUGGAGAGUUGAAAGUCUGGGUGACAUACACGCUGGAUGGUGGGGAGCUUAUGAUCAACUAUCGAGCCCAGGCCAGUCGGACCACACCGGUCAAUCUGACCAACCAUUCUUAUUUCAACCUGGCAGGCCAGGGUUCCCCAAACAUAUACGACCAUGAAGUCACUAUAGAAGCUGAUGCCUUUUUGCCUGUGGAUGAAACCCUGAUUCCUACAGGAGAAGUUGCUCCAGUACAAGGAACUGCCUUUGACCUGCGGAAGCCAGUCGAGCUUGGAAAACACCUGCAGGACUUCCAUAUCAAUGGCUUCGACCACAAUUUCUGUCUGAAGGGAUCUAAAGAAAAGCACUUUUGUGCACGGGUCUGUCAUGCUGGAAGCGGGCGGCUACUGGAGGUGUACACAACCCAGCCUGGGGUCCAGUUUUACACAGGCAACUUCCUGGAUGGCGCUCUGAAGGGCAAGGGUGGAGCAGUCUAUCCCAAGCACUCUGGUUUCUGCCUCGAGACCCAGAACUGGCCUGAUGCCGUCAAUCAGCCCCACUUCCCUCCUGUGCUGCUGAGGCCUGGGGACGAGUAUGACCACACCACUUGGUUCAAGUUUUCUGUGGCUUGAGGAAGUGUGAAGACGUGACCUCUUCCAGGGCCAGGCUGGGAGCCCCUUCAGCAGCCUGUCUCCUGCCCAGAGAGGCGACAGAGGCUUUACAAGUGAUCCUGUGAUGAAAGCCAUGUGAAGGGUAGCUUCAUAGUAGUGAGUCUGAGUAUCGAUUUUCUUUCCCAGUGACUGGCUCCAGGUCAGCUCUAAUGAGCAGCUCUCCGCUCUGUGUAGUUAAGAGGACCCACCCACUAAUAUCAUCACCUAAGCCCGACCCCAGCCCAGAAGGGGUGUCCACGCCCCUUGUACUGUGUUGGCUCCGUCUCUCCACCCUACCUUUCUCUGAUUCUACUUUCUUUCCUUUUCCUGUCCUCCCCCUCUGCCUCCUCAAACCACCUCGCCCCUCCUGUGCAGCACUUCGGAUUCAGUCGCAUUAGCUCCUGCACCAUGCUGGCAGAUGGACCAGUCUGCCUUGAGAAGGUAGGAGAUGACAGAGGGAGGGAGCCGGGGCUUCAGGAGGGUAAAUGACCCUCAUAAAAACACACAGCUGGGGACAAUUUUAGCCAGGACUUGACAUCAGGUCAUGCACAUUCGAGUCCCCUUCUUUGCUUCCAUUUCAGUCUGCCAGGGCAUUCGCAGGGUCACUGAUGGGGCAAGCGGGGGUCUGACCCUCCUCUCUUUGGGCCCGCCUUUCUUCCCAGAUUCACGUUUAUAUGAGUCUGAGUUUGAGUUUAGCUGUCUUAAAGAUGUCACUUAAAGGGCCAGGUCAAAAUAUCCAGAAAGAAUCUGUGAUUUUGAUUUUCUGCCUUUGGGGUUGAGAAAGUCCCAGCCGAGCCAAGGCAUGGGAAGCCAGCAAGCCACCGGAGACUGGAGCUGUGUUAGUGUGGAGACAGGGCCUCACCUGAGGGCUGCACAUUGCACCUGGAGCAAAAUGUCGUGUUAUGUAGAUGAGCCCGGGGCUCCCCCCUUUCCUGAACAAUUGAAUUACCAGUUAUGGGUUUGGGUUGGUGGUUGGUUUAGGUUUUUAAAGGAAUGUACCUUUUACUUUUGUAUACUAGCAGCCCGUUGAAAUAAAACCAAAAGCUGCACCUUCGGAAGA